GCAUCGAUAGGUAAAAUAUCAGUUUAAUUUUUAAGUAUUCAAAGAGUGAAAGACAUCGAGUCACAGUUCGAAUCUUCGAUAAGUGAAUAUAACGUACGUGAUAUGCAGACUGUCAAAUAGAAUUUCGUAUGAAGACUACGUCUCAGUCGCAUAAUAAAUUUGUUACUGUCGUUAAAUGAUAAAAUAUUGAGAAAUGUUGCUUCGGGAUUUUGAGUGCAAUCAACUACAAAACAAUUUUGAAAUAGAUAAAUACUAUAAGUGUUCUGGAAACUUUGACGCCAUAAAUUCAAUGGCAAACAAUUAUAAUAGUGAUAUUAACAAUCUAGAUCGUGAACAUUAUAAUAAAUCAUUUUACGACGACAAGAACACUUUAGGCUCGAGAAAAAUGAAACGAAUCGAGCUGGAGCAGCUGGUACUUCAAUCAAUUUCACCAGAAUUAGUGAUACAAGAACAGCAACAACAGCAACAGCAACUGCAACUACAACAGCAGCAACAACAACAACAAGUACUACAGAAUGAGCAGAGAGAGGAAUUUGAGCAGCCAUAUUUCAAUUUUGCGACAACGAUGAAUUACAAUAUGUGUAAAGCAACCGAGAAGAAACAGAUAAAGGCGAAACGUACCAGAACGGCGUACACUAGUUCACAAUUGCUCGAGUUGGAAAAGGAAUUCACCACCGGGCAGUAUCUUUGCAGAUCGCGACGCAUUAAAAUAUCGCAGAAUCUCAAGUUGACCGAAAAACAGAUUAAAGUAUGGUUUCAAAAUCGGAGGAUGAAAAAUAAAAAGGAAGAGAAUGCCAAGUCUAAGAAAUCCCCGCCUAAAUUGAUCGACGCUUCCAACCACGAUCAGAAAACUAGCGGGCAGACAACAUCCUCUUUGGAGACCUCCUUCGAGUCUUCGAGUACCGACAGUUCGACGUUAGGUGCCUCCUAUGUAUAUCCGAGCGAGGUAUCAUCGAACAACGAUCAGACGAUAGGAAAUUAUGGGAUUUUCACGCAAAAUUAUCCUGCGUCAAUCAACGAAUCAAUGCAGCAGCCGCAAGUGCAAUCCUACAAUGUGUUGCAUAACAAUAAUAUACUUUAUUCCUCCCAAACGAGUGCGUAUGAACAGCUGACCGUCAACACCGGCCAUUCAAUCGCCGCUCAAUUGCAGUCGAGCAACAAUUACCUUCAAUGGAAUCCGCUACACGUGCAGAACGGUAUCGACUUGCAAGACGCGAAUUCUUAUGCGCAGAAGCUGAACGGCUAUGCAAGCAACGACAACGUCAAUUGUCCGUCGAAUCAGAACGCAUCACUCCUUCAAGAGAAUAAUGUCUUCAAUGAUCUUUACAGUUUUGGAAAUUACAUGCAGUUAUAGGUAUGCAAUAUAUGCAUGGAGAACGGAGUGCAUAUGUAUGUAUAUAUAUAUAUAUA